UAAGGGUAAUAAGAGAAAUACGGACCUUGUUGAGUUUCAUAAUCCCUGUAACGAAUUGUCACGUUGCCUUUAAAUUGUUACGCAUUUAAUCCUAUUUAAAAAUUAUGGCAGAAGAAGGUACGUACGAAUACGAAUGUAUGAGGGCUGAAUUGUUAGGGGUUGACAAGCCAGAUUAUGAACAGUUCCUAAAAAAUAAAGCAGAAGCAGAUGCAAUGGAGAGGGAAAAAUUGGAUGCUGAACAAAUGGGGGAGACUGAAGUUCAAGGAGAGAGCCUAGGUCGUAUAGGUGGCAGACUUGAUGAAUUGAAUACCAUUUUAAAAUCGACACAGCAAAAGAUAAAUAAUUUUACAGCACCGUUAUCCAACUUUCUACGGACCAAAAUAGGCUCCCCCAUGCAGAAGUUCCAAACAAACCCCCCGGAAAACCAAGUACCGCAAGAAGGAUCUUCAGACCAAAUUCCGAUCGCACAAGAGGCACCGAAAUUCCGGGACCCCGAUGAAAUCAGAAGGGAGCAAGGCAACAGCGUUUUCGGAAAACAUGAAGAAAACAUGUCUGCAUUAGAUGGUUUAAUUGAUAAAUGCGAAAGGGCGGAGAUCAGUAUGAGUCGUCAGAACCAACAAAUGAAGAGGGUUUUGUAAACAUUUUUGUUGUUUCUUAUAUAUAUUAUUACGGACUAAAAUGAAUAUUAUAUAAUAAGGUUUUUAAUAAAUAUAAGAUCAGGUUUGCGUGCUAAUAAACGGGUGAUAUUGUUUAUAAGUUGUAUUUGACGUCAUAUUAUAGUAAGAAAGAUUUUACGGAAAAGGCGACCCCGGAGUAUGGUCGAUUUGUAAUAUAAUCGAGUAUGUGUAAUUUAUACCUCACGACACAUGUAUGUUGCAUGUAAACACGUAUGUUAUUAACGUGUCAGUUUCAUAUUAGUCUUGCUUUAUUAACUUUUUUAAAUCGGAAAACCGAUACUCUCCUUUAUUAAAAUGUUAAUUAACUUUUAUUAUGUUCUGUUGCUAAGUGUAAAUUACCGGUUGUUAAUUUAAAAGAUCGGAAUUUUUUACAAAACCCACAAGUCAACUCACCCCAAUUUAAAACAAGCUGGCAACAGCAACUCUUGCAGACAAAGCGACCACUGGAAGUCAGAGAACAUAGAAAGUGGAUCCGCACAGGAGCGGUUUCCAGAUCAGGAAUAGCAGAAUACGUUUGGUCCAAUGGCUACAACAUACAUUGGACAGAAGCAAAGAUUUUAUGCAAGGAACAACAUUGGAAGAAAAGAAGAUUCGCGGACGCAAUUUACAUCAUGCAAAACCAAGGAAUCUUCAGUCAGGCCAGUGUUGAUAUUCCCAAUAUCUGAAGAUAUACUGUUAAAACACUGCAAGAUUCAAUGCGCUUCACGCAUAACUAGACAUCAUACAUCUCUACGCACACCUCUAGUAUCAGCCUGUAGAAUAAUAUUGUCGAAACCGAAACGUCGUGCCAAAUUUAAAAUGCACACAAUGCAAAUAAGAUUUUACCAAUCAGUUUUCUGUCAAUAUUCAUCGAAAAUGCAUAUUUUGGUAUGAUAAAAUUCUCCAUCUGUAGUCUGCAUCGGAUAUUCGAAUAACUUCGCCAAAAAUGAAAUAUUUGCGCGGUCAUAUUUUUGAGAAAACAUUACUCCACUUAUAUUGGCCAUGUUGGUCGGGACACAUUUGAAUUUAUAUUACAUCAACGGGACAAUGUUCAGCUUCUACUAUUCUAAAGAUGUUAGAGAACAAUUUGGAUGUAAUUUAUCAAAUUAGGUGGACUGGGACCCAAGGUGCCAUAGAAUGGCCAGAUCAGCUUCCUGACCUAACACCCCUUUAAUUUUUCCUAUGGAGCUCACGAACAAAUUCUAGACUUUUAAAAUAAUAUUGUUCUAACUCUCGACCUGUCCUCUGAUUACUGUGUCCUAAUUGAACAUCCAUCAACCCAAUUUUGUUGAAAAUGUAAAAGGUAUAUGAACUAGAGAAAUUACACUUGACCACUACUGUUUAUAGCUUUCACUAUGGUUUUAAUAUCACUAACAUAGUAUACGGUCAUUUACUUCCUCACCUGACUUCCAGUGUAAAAAGGUUGUAAAGGAUGCAAAUCCGUUAAUUAAAAUUAAGAUUUUAUAUAGGAUUUUAGGUGUAACAAAAUUGGGCUUUGCCAAAAUGUGGUAGGAUCACUUCUACUCUUCCUCUUGUCAGUGCUCUUUUUUUUCCUUCUCUUUAAUUUUGAAACAUAGAGGGUUACAGCUAGAAAACUUUACAUCUACUAUCUUCUUUACAGGCCUCGGCAGUAUAACGAGAAUAUCAAAAUUGUUUGAGUCAUGGGAACAACAUUAGCAAUAUUUAUGAACUAUAGAUUUGUGUUUAAAGCAGCCUAAGGAUCAAUAUUUUCUUGUCAAAAAAACCUAAACGAGUAGGACAAUAAAUUUUACUUAUCUUAAAAUGGCCUGAAAGAAUAUCGUCGGUUCCUCAUACGGCAAAAUAGAGAGCAGCUUUUGAGUCAAGUCAAGCGUUGACAAUUUAAUUCACCGUAUAAUAAAUUUUAGUAAACUUGAUAACAAUAUGAAAUAAAACAUUGCCACAAAUUCAUUACUGUAAAGUUCGCCUCCCUCGUUGCCUAGUCCAUAAACAUCGAGAGUUAUACUAAUAAGUAAUGUUUAUAACGAUUACAUGACAAAUAUUUGUAUGAUGUUGCUUUUUAAAAACUCAUUGGACGUUACUUUUAUUAGCAAUUAUCAUUGUGUCUUCCAUUAUUGGUGAGCAAAAAAGUACUGACACAUAUAUGAUUUAUUUUGUAUUUUCACUGCUAAAUGUAUUGACUUAAAAUAAAUAUGACUAAGUUUAAUCACUCAACUUUGUAACUGGAAGAUAUACAUGGUGUCCCGGAAUACUCCGAAUUUGCAUAAGAUUUUUAGAAUUCACCCAGUAUUAUAAGAGUUAUUAAAUAAAAGCCGAUUUUGAAUGGCAUGCCUGUAUAUUUCCUUAGAAGUGAGUCGGAUGAGAAUUUAAAUUAAAGUUUUCUAGACUCCAAAUGAAAAUUUCCCAUAUAUUCGGAGACACUCUGUAUUUACCAGAACCCUUGAUGAAAAUUAUAUCAAGUAUGUACCUUUAUUAUAUUUUUAACACACUGCAAUUUAUGUACUAUAAUAGAAUAAACGAAAAUUAUGUUUAGGUUAGUCAGAUUUUUUUUUGACGAUUGUAUGGGUUUCAUUAAGGGUGGCAAGGUACCAUACCUCCAGGAGCUUUGUAGAAAAAUAAUUAUCCUAAGUAAAUGACGUAGUUGUGGGUUUAUUGGUCAAAGACUGAAGAAAACAAUUUUUUUCUAGGCCACCAACAUUUCGAAUUAUAUUUAAUUCAUCUUCAGAGCUCGAAAUUAUACGUUUUCUUGCGUUAUUAAAGAAAAAGACAUCACAGGUUUAAACACAGAUAUCGGAACAACAUGGGGACUUUUGAGUCACAACAGAAAGGAUAUGUUAAAAAAAAUAUUUACAUAAACAAACCGAUAGAACUUUGGCCUAGAAAAAAAAUUGUUUUCUUCAGCCUUUGACCAAUAAACCCACAACCACAUUAUUCACUUAAAAUAACUCUGGUCACUAACUAGAACAUAACUAUUCUGUUCUAGUCAAUAUAUGAAAUUGAUUCUCUGACAAUAUUAAUUAAAAAUUCAUUCUAUUUAUUUGAUUUGAAGUUGUUCGAAUAACGCUAAGAGCCACGAAAAUCAAUGUGUCGUAAAAUUAUACUGACAGAGUUAUAAACUUAAAAAUUAUUUCCAGCAUCUACUUUUUUCUCAAAUCAAGUUUUUCCUAAGGCGUCAUUGCUGAGAAAAGGUACCCCUAAUGAUGCACCCUGUACUAAAGCAUACUGAAUUUUAUAUUUUAAAUUUAAUAUUAAAAAGUAUUACCUAAUUGAUCUAAAAAUAUUUAAGCAAUAAUGUUUACAAAUUAUAUAAAGUUUUAUGGAAUUACUCAAAAUGAAAAACGGUUUAAAAGGGAAAUAUACUUUAGAAGUCUUGUAAUGUUUAUCCAUUCAAGUAAAGGUCGGUUAUAACGGUAGAAUCUUAAAUUAUAAAAAAUAUUUUUUCAUUUUGAGUAUUUCAGAUAUUUAAAAAAUUCUCAAUAUUGUAAAAAGCUUUUAAAUAUUAUAUUAUUAAAAUAUUAAGAAUUUG